GUUCGACAAAAAACAGUCCGAUGCAGAGGUCUUUAGUUCAAGUUCGCAGUUUUAUCGGGUGUUUUGUCCUCUCCGUAGCUUUCUUUCAGAACAUGUGCUUGUUAAUUAUCGUAUGAUAUGUGGUUCUAGUUGUUGAUGUUGUUUAGUGUUGCUAAAAACCGGUAGAAUCGAUUAAAAGUGUGUGAUUUUGGUAAAUAAAGUGGUCCAGAAGAAUGCGACGAAUAAUCAUAUUGCUACUGAUAUUAUGCAGUGCUAAAUGUCAAGAAAGUGCCCAAUAUCUUCAAAAUGCUGUAAGAGAUUUGCGAAGACUGAAUUAUAGGCAAACUUUAAGAAGGGCGGACACAUUGUUGGCCAAGAAAUCAGUUCAAGACUCCCCGAUGCCAAUAUUACCUUCUGAUAUUCCCAGAACAGAACAUAUUGACAGAAGAGUACAGCAUGGACCACCAGAGGUAGUGCCAACUUUAGGAUUAACCAAAGGUGAACUAGCAGCCCUUUACGAGAAUGCAAUAGCAAAGGGUGAAACAUUGAAGUUAGAUACUGGGGAGAAUACUUAUAUACAUGCAGCAGUACACGAACUGGAUGGUAAUGAUGCGUAUCCGCCUCAUCACGAAGAACUUGAUCAUGUGGAUCACUUACCUGCUGAAGAAUCUAAAAAUGAAGAUGGAUAUUACUAUUACUAUUACCCAAUCAAGAGUUUUAUCGAUCAUAUUUCUGGUUCCACUGUACACGAAACUAAAAAGCCAUGGACACCUGCUUGGACAACAACAACUCACUCUCCACCUUAUCAGUAUCAUUCACACCAUCAUGAGGUUACAAUCAGAAAAGAAAGAGAUAAAAUGGAGGAAAAGAAUAAAAAAGGUUUAUUGGAACCGAUAUUUAUGGCUGUUAGUGGCUUUGUCGGGAUGGCAGUUAUGUUUGUUAUUUCCAUGAUCAUUUUACCGAAGUUUGGAUCCAAGCCAAAAAAGUCGCUAUUCUUUAAGAAUCCCAAGGAUAUUGAUAUGGACGAGUUAGCAAGACUAGCACUUAAUGCGAUAGAUAGAAAAGACUGCAGAGACCGAUUUGCUUGCGAAUUGGUGAAAAUAACUGUUGGAAGGAAUUUUAAUUUCGAAGACAACCGGUUUGUAAAGUUAUUAAAACGAAUAGCACCCGGUGCGUUCGGCCAAAUAGAUAGGAUAGGAAGGUAUGGCGAUAGACAAUUACAGUGUACGCUUAUUCCGUGCACAAGAAAUAUGAAUAUAAAAAUCCAAAAAGUCGUCACGAAGAAACCUCCUACGAAAAAGAAGAAUGUUGCUCAAAAGAAACACUAGAUGCCACCAAAGCUAUAGAAUUUAGAAAUACGUAUUUAUUAUUUAUUUAUUUAUUUAUUUUAUUUAUUGUAUUAGUUUAAGUUUUGGAAAUCAACAUUAAUAAUGCAGACUAUUGCAUGUAGUGUAACGGGGAACUUUAUUUGGUAUUAAUGCAAUGAGGUACUAAUAUUUGAAAUAUCGACCAGCAGAGAAAUUUGACUUGUUUCUGGACGUAAUUUUAUACUUAUUUAUAAUAUGUAUUCGUUUAUUGCCGAAUAUUGUAUUUUAGGACAUCCUAGAACAUAAUCCUCGACCUAUAAACGAACAUACCUAUAAUACUCCUGUUUAAAAGUUUUUGAAUCAUCUAUUGUUAUAAUUUAUGGGUGGUUUGAAUCACCCUUUAAACGAGGCGAGUCCCUAAGGAAUAAAAAGUGUGAAAUAUACAUGAGAGUACAUCCGUUUGAAAAAAUUAACACUAUAAAUUAGCUGAAAUUUUUAACUUGUCUAAUUUAAACGUGUCGACAAUGUACACAUCUGGUUUUAAAUCAGAGAAAGAUGUUCAAACAAAUAUAAUCGAUAAAGAAGGUGAAGAUGUCAGCGGGCCUUGGUCCAUCUCACAUUCAUUCUCAAUCAUUUUACUAAUGGUUGUUCCCAAUCAUUUCCUAAAAAUCCUAGACAUUCAUAUUUGUUCAGCAUCAGUUGUUAAUAACGCUAAGUCAUCUCAGCCGAUACCUCCUCUAAUUUCUGGUACCCAUGUUGUUCAGUCUAAAUGUUCGUCUACAACUUUUGAUAUCUCAAUUGAAGAAAUAGCUCCUCUUCCAGAUAUCAUAACCCUACCAACAACCACAAAAUCAAAUAAAAGAAAAUCCCUACACUCUGAGAUAUUAACAUUAACUCCAAUGAAUAACUAAUGAGAGGAUGUUGAAGAAAAAAGGGCAAAGGAGAAUAAUAACUAAAAAAGUGUUUUCUAUACCGAGUGACUUUGCAUUACUGUAUUGAUGAUACCACUUUUUAUACCCAACCACCUUUCUUCGACUUAGGGUACAUUGUAUAUUUGUGUGAAAAAUAGUGAAAAAAUAUUUAUUCUGUUUAUCCAAAAAUAGAUUGGAAAAAAAAAUUAUAAAAUACUUAAAAUUGUUUACACUCUAGUCUUGUUAUUUUAGUUCGAAUCAAAAAAUGAGAGUAAUAUUACUCUCUUCAAAAGUUAACAUAUUCAGUUUUGUACCUCAUGCAUUAAAUAUAUCCAGUUCCCUUAGAUAACUAAAUAAUGGUUGGUUGAAAUUGUAAUACACUUUUGUAAACUUGUCGCUGAACUGUGUUAGGUCUAUUCUUAAAUAAAUAUGGUAUCCAUUUCUGGAAUAUUCGUAAAUGAGUUUCUAACACUUUUAUUUUUUUAGAAAAUUAGUAAACUAGAAGCACAUCAUAUUUCAUUCCUAUUGCUGGGGCUUGAUACAAAAUCAAACUCGAAAGACUAGCAAAUGUCUCCUAACUGUUUCCCACUCAAGUGGUAGCGUACAAAGGUGCCAUCUACUUUGAUGGCCAUGAACGAAAAAAAUAUUGUUUUUUGUCCUUUGCGCUAUACGAAAUGUAUAAAAGUUUACAUCUUUUGCUAGAAGGAUAGUAGAAGGAUUUUGCAUAGUAGUUUAAAAUUUCUGUGGCCAAGGUACGCCUAAAAAAUCUUAGCUCGGUGGUUUGGACGGAUGGAAAACAUAUUAAAAAUAUUUAAUUGUACUACUUUUUGAUUUUUAAACUUUAGUGUAAAAUACUACUAUACACACUUCUGUUCAUAUAGAGUUUUCUGUGUAAUUUCCCUUUUCCAGAGAAUAAUGAUCAAGAAGUGGUCCUAAUUUAUUUAAACAAAUUGUAAAAAUCAACUUUUUCGGCGUAGAAUUUUUUUGAACCUUCUGAACAAAAAAGAUCUUUUGCAAUUUUUGAUCUUUUCAAAUAUUUUCGUGAUUAUGCAAAAAUAUCUUGGGAAAACAAUCAAUUCAUUUAUUUUGAUAGACAAAAAUUAAAUUUGUAUUCAAAAUACUUGUCUCGCUUACUUUUUUCUAUUCAAUUCAAAUCUACAAGAAAAUAAGAUCUAGCACUGUUCAACGAUGAAACCUAUUUUGAUUUGUAUAGAAAUUAUAUAUUAUUGUGUUGCCAAUAUG